CAGCGAGUUAAUGAUCAGUCUUUUUCCUCAGUGCUGUUCAAACCUCUACUUUCGUUACACUUCCAGCCUCCGUCUCUGUGGUGCGCCACCCAUGCCGGGUGGGCCGUAAGGCUUUCGUGUAAAACGAACUUGUUCUGAGAUCCGAACCUUCUGUGGAGAGCCGUGUCCCACAGGGAAGAACGCGCUGUAUUUUGUGUGACCUGUCUCCCACCUGCCUCGAACCCCUGAGAGCCCGCUUGUUUGUUCCUUCUACCGUACGUUUCAGUGUUUUAUAAUAUAGAUGAGUGCGAUGUCUGCCCUGGUACGCGUGUGCGCUGUCCUGCUGCCGUUACUCCUUCCUGCGGCGGCCGUGAAGAACUGCCACCCCAGGUGCCGCUGUGAGGUGGAGAACUUUGGGCUCUUCAAUAGCUUCAGCCUGACCAAGGUAGACUGCAGUGGGCUGCGCCUUGGCCCGGGUCCCAUACCCAUCCCUCUGGACACAGCCUACCUAGACCUGUCCUCCAGCUCCAUCCAGACCCUUGUAGAUUCAAUGCUCACGGGACCUGGCUACACCACUCUGGUUGGCCUCGAUUUGAGCCACAACUUCAUCGCGGGGGUGAGCCGCGGGGCCUUCGCGGGACUGCGCUACCUGGAGACCCUGGACCUGAGUCACAACAACCUGCAGGGGCUCACGAGCGGCUCCUUUGUUGGCCUGCCACUGACGGAUGUGGACCUGAGCCACAACCGCAUCCACGAGCUGCGUCUGGAUGUCUUCGCCAUCAGAGGCCAUGGGAGGCCAAUCAAUGUGGACAUCUCCAAUAACCUGCUGACUGCUGUGAUCUGGAACCCUCAAGCGAGGCCCCCCAACCUGCAGAGUCUGAACUUGGCAGGGAACCAGCUGAGGACUGUCCCCCAGCUGCAAGGUGUCCCCUUGAGGUACCUCAGUCUGGAUGGCAACCCUAUCUCCGUCGUCAAGGGAAAUGCUUUUGUCGGGCUGAGCACCUUAGUCCACCUGUCCAUUAGCGGUCUUCCUGAUCUGCACACCAUCGAGCCCCAGAGCUUCAGCGAUCUCCGGAACCUCCAGGUUCUCGACCUGUCCAACAACACCAAUCUGAGGUCACUGGCCCCCGAAAUCCUCAGUGGCCUGGAGUCCCUACAGGAGCUCAACCUGUCCAGAUCUGGAGUGGCCUCUUUGCCUGUAGACAUUCUGAGCUACCUGCCAAGUGUCCGGAGUGUAAUGCUGAAGGACAACGUCCACUGCUGGAGGAGACGCAGGCAAGGGCAGUUCCACCGGCAGAUCGGAACCGCUAGCAGCAGGGAGGAAAUCACCUGUGGCGCGAUGGGUGUUGCCGUGUGAGAUGGGCCCUUUAGAACAUCUUCAUCCGAUGAAACAGGAGAACAGAAACGAAGGGGAUGCCGUUCAAAAUCCUGCCAAUUCCUGUAUGAUAUAAAGUAAAUGCGUCAUGUGAGAAAACGUCUUUUGAACCUAUAAGGAAAACACAGUCAGUGAGCUGUAACUAGAGAAGCUGGAGCUGAAAGGGAAGUGGGACAAUGGGCUUUCAUCAGAGGGAGCCUCCUCUGGACAGGGUGGAAGGAGUUUUGAAGACAACAACGGAUGAGCUUAUUGCAUUGGGCAACUAUCACAUUCAUUCUGUAAAGGUUCCUGUGAGAACCCAAUGCUGAAUAUGUAUACGGUGUCUGGGGAGUGGUCGUAGUGACCCAGCUGGACGAGACUUGAAAGCAUCGCUUUCAAAGUCCUCACAGAGCUGCUUGCCUGGGCGUCAUCCAACGUACCAGCAGUCAGGGGACCGAUCGGGGACCAGCAUCCUCCGAAAGCACACCCGGGAACUGCAGAACCUGUGAAGAACAUUGUAAAACGGGACCUCUUUUCCUACCCUAUGGGCCAACAGUGUUACCUCCUUUUUCAGUCCAUUUGAGUCAAAACAAGUUCUUUUUGGGCAGUUAGUUGUUGCUGUAGCAUUUUGACAUUUCAUUAUGUUGAUUCUUUUGACAGCAGCAUCUCAGGACCUUUAAAUCAAAAAUACUGUUUAUAUAGACUAGAGUGAUUUGUUCAACUGAAUUGUUAAAUCAUCAGCAAUAAUAAUAUCCUUGCCAUCUUUACCCAGGAAUGUUAUUAAACCAGUGACAUGAAACCCUUUUGAUGAAUCUGAUAGGACGGUCUGGUGUGCGGAGGCAUCUAUGUCUCCAUGUGCCACGGACCGUGUUUACCUUUGGAUAAAGGCGUGGGUUGAGACCCCAGCCAAGUGUUUUGGUAGGAUUGGGUGGCUUUGACAAGAGCCGCAUUGCCGGUUAACUGCCCCCAAGCUACUGCAUGGAACGGGAAGCAGCAACAACAUGAACUGAUCCAGAAUUUGUAUGAGAGCACGAUGUACCGGUGGUGGUAGGAACACAUGAAGAAAGCAGGUUCCCAGAGAGGCUGAGGGAUCCUUCCAGUCAAACCAUGUCUGCACGGCAUGGUUUGAGAACGUGCAUCGUACAGCACGGAUGCAUCGUAGAUCCAUACCAUUGGUCAUCUCUUAUGUGUGCAAAGAAAUGCUCAUCCUCUUUGCAUGUGUAAAAUAAGUGCAGCUUUUUAAUGAAUCUGACUUAACGCAAUAAAAGUGUUAUUUUCUCCGCA